GUAUCACAAGAACAGAACAAAGAAAAGAAACACACAAGCAAGGAGAGGAAAGGGAAGGAAAGACAGCUGACCGGCCUCACCCCUCCACCCUUCUCUCGCAGCCCGCCUCUUUGAUCCUCUCACGCGCUGACCUCUGACCUCAUGUAAGCUGACCUCCCCGCCGCCACCACUACCACCACCAUGACGUUACCAGCCACGCUUCGGCCCCUCCUCAGCCUGGCCAUCCUGCUCAUACUUUUCUUCGGCCGCGCGGUGCCCCUAGAGAUCCUGGAGGUGCGGGUGCCGGAGUACAAGGUUCGGGGCGCCAAGGCGGAGCUGCAGUGCCGAUACGCGCUGGAGAACGCCACGCUCUACAGCCUCAAGUGGUACAAGGGCGACAAGCAGUUCUUCCAGUACAUCCCUGGCAACAAGAAGACAAAGAACACGUUUUUCGUCAAGGGCGUCCACGUGGAUGUGGAGCGCAGCACGGGAGCAUCAGUGGUGUUGAGUGAGGUGGAGCUGGGCACUUCGGGAACCUACCGCUGCGAGGUGAUCACGGAGGCCCCGGUCUUCCACACUAAGUUCGGCGAGGGCAACAUGACAGUGAUUGACCUGCCGGAGAGCGCCCCCGUCCUGGAUGGCGCCAAGACGAGCUACCAACUAGGGGAGCAGGUGACCGUCAACUGCACGUCCCUCUUCUCCAAGCCCGCCGCCACGCUGGAGUGGUUCAUAAACGACGAGCAGGUGGUACAGCAACACUUCCUGAAGCGGUACGCACCCCAGCGAGAACCUGACGGGCUGGAGACGGCGGUGCUGGGCCUGUCCUUCGUCACAUCUCGCAGCCAUUUCCCACACGGCGAGAUGCGGCUCAAGUGCGUCGCCAAGAUCGCCACCGUCUACUUCCAGUCCCAAGAAACGUCCGUGAUCGAGACUGGCUUCCUGCCGCAGACCCAAGCCAAGGAGAGGCGCUACUACCCCUAUAGCAGCGGCACCAGAGCGGGAGGAGAAGGCACCUCGCUCCUCCUCUUCCUCCUCCUCUUCUCCUUCUCCCUCCUGCAGCAACGGGCGGAGGGAGGUGUAGCCGUCCUCACUCCACCACUCCACUAGACCACCCACUUCAACCACCUGCUCCACACCUGCUUCUGCUCACACCUUCGCAUCCCCCCCAUCCAUCUGCGCCACCGCCACCACCGCCGAACUGCCUCCGCCGCCGCCACCACCAUCACCAUCACCACCACCACCACCACCAUAACUGCCCCCGCUGCCGCUAUCACAGCCACGCCUCAACGCAAGAAGCCCCCAAACCAAUAUACUAAAAGGACCCAGAAUGAAGAGGAUUGGGGUUGCUUGGAGCUGGCUGGCUGACUAACUGGCUGGCUGGCUGGCUGACUAAAUGGCUCGCUUGUCAACUAACACUAACUGACUGGGUGGUUAACUAACUGGCUGACUGGCUGGCUGGCUGACUGGUUGGGUGAAGGAGUGACUGUCUAAAUCGCUGGUUAACUGAGUGGCUAGUUGGAUGACUGGCUGGUUGGCAGGCUGGUCGACUAACUGGUUGGCUGAGUGGCAUAAAAGCAGAGUGGCGGGGGAUGUUUCUGGUUGUUUUAUAUAUACAUUACCGUCUAUACAUGUAAACUAAUGUGUGUCAGUGUAUAUACAUAUAAUAAUGCUACUACUUACACUUGUAUCAUAAACAUUCCAAGAGUAGUGAGUGCGUGGACGGUGUAGUCAGUAGCGAGAGUCAGUCAAGUCCGUGAGAGUCAGCAGGUGUGUAUGUGUAUGUGUGUGUGUGUGUGUGUGUGUGUGUGUGUGUGUGUGUGUGUGUGUAUGUGACGUAGACGACUCAGCAGAAUCAGCAGCAUCAGUAUUAGUGUCAGCAGCGGGAACGUCCUGAACUGAGCUAAUCUUAACUGACGCUCUACAUAUCCGAUAGUUUUCCUCUUUGUGUUGUUUUCGUUUCUCUCUUGUUUCCUGAACGUCCGCCUCCCCGUCCCCUUCUUCGUCUUCGUCGUCGUAUUCGUCAGUAGGAAAGAUACACAGGGAAGAAAUGUGGGGAAAAGUGUAAAAGAGAAGUAGGUAAAGGACUAUAAAGGAAAGGACAAGCAUAUAGACGUUCAAAAGUUAAGAAAGAAAAGAGGGGAAUGUGAAGAAACGGACACAAAGACUCACGUAGUUAAAAAUAGAAUGUUUAGGAAAGGAAUGUGAAGGAAAGGAAUGUGAAGGAAAGGAAUGUGAAGGAAAGGAUAUACAGCCACACGCAAAAAAUUAAAAAGGAAGUAACGAAAUGUGACGAAAAAGACACAAAUACUCACGUCAUUAAAAAGAAAAAAAAGUGCAGAGAAGAACAUAGAGAAAAGUUAAGAAAGUGACACACAGAUUCACGUCGUUAAAAAGUUGAACAGUGAAAAAAAAAGGAUUAAAAGAAUGUGAAGGAAAGGGAAACACAGAUACACGUCACUAGAAAGUUUUGAAAAAGUUGCAAAAGAGAAAAUCGUAAUGGAAAAUGAAGAAAGGAACACUAACAAACACGUCACUUUCUUCGUCUUCGCUGGUGGUAAAAAUGAAAAUUAUAGAAAAAGAGGUGGAAAAAAGAAGUGACGGAAUAAGUAGAAGAAUAAAAAGAGGAAAAGUCCACACGUCUUCUUCGUCUUCUUCGUCGUUGUCGUUGUCGCUUCCGAUGAAAAAUAAGAAAAUUAGUCAAAGUGUGUAGAAAAAAAGAUAAACCGGAGGACUUGCGAUUUAAGCCUCCGAGAGAAAGGAAAGCUGUGAAAAGAAGAGAAUAAAAAUACACAAAGGACGUAAAAUUUCAAGGGUGCAGUGAAAUUGACACAAAAAAAACUAUGAAAAGUCUUAAAGGGUACUGAGUGAAUGAGUGAGUAAGUGAGUGAGUAAGUGAGCGAGCGAGUGAAUGAGUGUAAAUAUGAGAAAAAAUGUUCCAAAUGAGGUCUUAAUUUUCCUCUUCCUUUCGCCUUUUCUUCUUUUUCAUUAACGAGAGAAGAGAAAACACGACGAAAUCAAGAAACUCCGAAAGCAAAAUUUAAAAAGAAGAGGAUAAGAAAAAAAAAGUCCUCAUGAAUACCUCUGCAAAAAAAAAAAAGUGUGUAGAAGUAUCCUCUCUUCUCUUACCUCCUCUUUAUCUCCUCUUAGCCCCUCUUGAGCUCCUCUUAUCCCCCCGUCGAGAAGUGAGGAGAUUAGGAAGAGGAGCAGCGGCGGUGACCCUCCCUCGCCCAGUUCCUGACACGCACUGAAAAAAGCAGAGAUGGACACGCUGAAUAAAUAGAAUAAAAAAAUGACGAACGAAGGAAAUUAAGUGAAAAAAGGGGACAAAAGAAAGAAUAAGAACAAAGUGAAUGGAGAAACGAAGAGAAGGACGCGGCGCAUUAUCACAGACGAAAAAAAGACUGUCGAAUGAAGUGAGAAAUUUAAUUACAAAAAAGGAAAAAAAGAGAAUGAAGUGCACGAAAUAAAAACAACAGUAACUAAAAUAACAAAGUAAAUGGAAAGUCACAGAGAUUGACACGUUGAAUAAAUAAAGAAAAAAAUGAUGUAGAAUGAAAUGAAAAAAUUAAGUGGAAAAUGGAAAAAAAAAUGAAGUCCACGAGGAAUGAUAAUAACUAAAAGAACGAUGUAAAUGGAACAAUGUGAAAGAAGAGUAAUCCAGACCAUUCGCCAUAUGAACAAGAAAAAAGUAAUAGAAGGUACUGAAUGUAGAUGACAAAAAAAAUAAAGGAAGAAAACAUAAAAAGAAAAAAAGAGAGAAGAUAGUAUAAUCGACCAAUAAAGAACAAUUGGAAAAAAAUCAUCAUAUUAGGUGAAAAAAUACAAAUUAUACAAAAAUGGAAUUGCGAUAAACAACAAAACCGUUCUUGCUUGUGUAUGAGCUUCGGAACAAAUACAAUGUUAAGCGUGAUCAUUCUAAUUAUGAUGACGAUGGUGGUGUUGAUAAUGAUGGUGACGUGGAUGGUGACUAAAGCAAUGACAGAAUGAUAAAGUGAAGAUAUUUACAAGAUUUUUAUUAUUAUAUUUUCAUGUAUCAUUAUUAUCAUCAUCAUCAAUUUGUUUUAAUAACUAGUUUUUUCAUUAGAAUUAUGUGUUCCUACAACUUCAAAGACAGACAGAAAGACAGAAAGAGAAGGAGAAGGAGGAGGAAGGGGAAGAGAAGGAGGAGUAGGAGAAGAAAGAAAAGGAGGAGGAGGAGGAGAAGAAAGAAAAGGAGGAGGAGGAGGAGGAGAAGAAUAAAUAGCAGGAGUUCAACUUUGUGUAAAUGUGAAGUUUGUACCAAAGAAAAAAGUAGGAAAUUUAAAAGAAGGGAAGAAAAUGUGUGUGUGUGUGUGUGUGUGUGUGUGUGUGUGUGUGUGUGUGUGUGUGUGUGUGUGUGUGUGUGUGUGUGUGAGAGAGAGAGAGAGAGAGAGAGAGAGAGAGAGAGAGAGAGAGAGAGAGAGAAACGAGACCAACCCCGCGAGCAACACCUAAUUCUGGCUAACUUUGAACGCAAAAGUUUAAUGCUACACACUUCCUUCUUUUUUUCAAGGUGUGUGUGUGUGUGUGUGUGUGUGUGUGUGUGUGUGUGUGUGUGUGUGUGUGUGUGUGUGUGUGUGUUUCUGGAGGAGCUUAUAGGAUGAAAAGGAGGAGGUGCAAGGGCAGGAGGGGGAGGAAGAGGAGGAGGAGGAGGAGGAGGAGGAAGAAUUUGUUUGUAAAGAAAAUGUAGAGGUGGUGUUUAUUUAUUUACGUUAACUUGUUGAUGAGAGAGAGAGAGAGAGAGAGAAAAAAAAUUUAACUGUACCAUAUAUAAUGAAACAAAUAUUAAGUACUGCGAGGAGAGGAGGAAGGAAAAAAAUGAAAGAUAAUGAAUAAUAUAAUGCGAGAUGAUGAUGAUGAAGAAUGUAUGCUAUAUCGAUGAUGACGAUAACGAUAGUGAUGACAAUAGUGAAGUUAUAACAAUACAUGAAAAUGAAUACAGUGAAGAUGGAAAAAAUAACGAUGAUGCCAGGGGACAAGAAAAUAAUGAUAGAGAUGAUGAU